AUGGGCUGGGACAAGGCCAAAUUCGAGCACCUGGGACUGUGGGUCCCUGUGCUAGCUGUCCUGCUGGGAGCCUGCCAGGCACAUCCCAUUCCUGACUCCAGCCCCCUCCUCCAAUUUGGGGGCCAAGUCCGCCAGCGAUACCUCUACACGGAUGACGCCCAGGAGACGGAGGCCCACCUGGAGAUCAGGGCUGAUGGCACAGUGGUGGGGACGGCCCGCCAGAGCCCCGAAAGUCUUCUGGAGCUGAAAGCCCUAAAGCCAGGGGUCAUUCAAAUCUUGGGAGUUAAAACAUCCAGGUUCCUGUGCCAGGGGCCAGAGGGGAGGCUGUAUGGAUCGCUCCACUUCGACCCCCAGGCCUGCAGCUUCCGGGAGCUGCUUCUCGAGGAUGGAUACAACGUUUACCAGUCUGAGGCUCUUGGCCUGCCACUCCGCCUGCCCCCGCACCGCUCCUCCAACUGGGACCUGGCCCCCCGGGGACCUGCUCGCUUCCUGCCGCUGCCAGGCUUCCUCCCGGCACCCCUGGAGCCUCCAGGGGUCUUGGCCCCCGAGCCUCCCGACGUGGGUUCCUCGGACCCCCUGAGCAUGGUGGGACCUUCACAUGGCCGAAGCCCCAGCUACACUUCCUGA